AUGGAAAAGUUAAUCCGCGAACGAAAAUCUAUCGAGCCACGUAUCAAACGUGUGGCCGAAGCAGUGAAAAAACUAGAGACAGAAGCGGCUGAAGAAACCGAAGUGCAAACGGAACUCGAAGUGCUCGGUGAAAUUUGGGCUGCAUUUUGUACAGUGCACAAAAGAGUGUUGGACGCAUGUGACGAUGAAGAUAAAUAUGCAGACGCUGUGCAAAAUCAGUGCAAUUUUGAACGCGCUUACAUUGGACUGAAAAAUCGCCUUGCGAAAGUGCUAAAAGCGGUGCAGAAUCGCGAUCGCAGUCAAGAAGAGCGAUAUCCGCCGCAAAGUGAAAUAAUUAACCAACUUGCACAGCAGCAAGCAAAGUUACUCCGUAUGAUGGCGGGUAGAAUGGCUGCUGGCGCUAGUGCAUCCACUGCUGUUGCUGAUAAUGCCCACGAUCCCAUACCGCUGUCCGAUCUCAAGCUGCCCCUCAUGAAACUUCCUCCCUUCGCUGGGAACUAUCUCGAGUGGCAGUCUUUUAUCGAUUUAUUCAAGAGUAUGGUUGACUCGAACCCAUCGAUCAAGGAUAGUCAAAAAUUGUAUUUUCUCAAAACUCAUCUCUCUGGAGAGGCUGCAACACUUAUCUCCCAUCUAAAAAUUGAAGAUGCAAAUUACGCUCCGGCUCUGGCAAAGCUUAAAGCUCGCUACGAUAAACCACUCGAGAUAGCUCACAAGCACAUUGAACGCUUUCUCAACCAACAAGCCAUGACGUCACCGUCUGCUCAAGCGUUACGUUCAUUGCAUGACUUCUCCAACGAGAUUGUUCGUGCUCUUCAAGCCAUGCAAAGAGAGGAUCGUGAUACUUGGCUGCUGUUCAUCCUCAUCGGAAAACUGGAUUCCGAAACCAAGCAGCUUUGGUAUCAAAAGGUUACUGAUAUGGAGGAAGCUGGCAUCACUCUGAAAGCUUUUCUCGCAUUCAUCGACUCUCGCAGUUUCGCUCUGCAAGCUGCUCAGCCUACUAGACAACGAACUAUUGCUGCUAGUAAGCUUCCAAUUAAGCCGCAGUAUAAGGGAGCAACCACACUCGUCGCCACCAAUACAACAUCAAAUUGCGACGUUUGUGCCAAAUCCUCUCAUCCUCUCUACCAGUGCGGUAAGUUCAUCCACAUGAGCUCAGAGGAAAGACUCGCUGUGGUAAGCUCUCACAGACUGUGCCGCAAUUGUCUAAGGAAGCACCCAGGCGAACCUUGCAAAUCGGGUAACUGUCGCAAAUGUGGUUUACUACACCACACCAUAUUGCACUUCGCCCUCACCCCUCAAGGUCGCCAAACUCCUUCCGCAUCGAAUGCUGUUCCCUCAGGUGGUGGUUCGGCCGCCCAAUCUUUGAUUUCGGCCCUUGAUUCCACUACUGAAUUCGAUGUCUCCAAUGUACUACUAGCCACCGUGUCCAUUAAUGUACUAGACAAACAUGGACGCCCCCACACAUGUCGCGCUGUUCUGGAUUGCGCGUCCCAAAUAAGUUUUAUCAGCCAGAUUUUCUGCAACGAACUUGGCCUCGAUUUGUUAGAAGCAGACAUGAAUUUGGAAGGUAUAUCAUCAACCCCCGCACAUGCAGACAAAUGUGUGCAAAUCAUCGUUGAAUCGCGAUGCACGGACUAUCGUACCGCGGUACCUUGCAUGGUGCUCAACAAAAUCACAAAUACUCUACCCAUCAAACCAGCGAACACCGACGGUUGGCCCAUUCCAGGUUCGAUCACCCUGGCCGAUCCGCUAUUUCAUCGCCCCGGUAAGAUUAGCGUGCUUCUUGGCAUUGAACUUUUCUUCCAGUUACUUGAGCCUGGAAAAAUUUCACUGAGCUCUGACGACAGUUUGCCCACUUUACAAAACACUAAGUUAGGCGACGAGGAAAAACGCUGCGAGGAUCACUUUUACAAGCACACCGUGCGAGACGAUGAUGGAAAAUUUAUUGUACGGCUACCGUUUCUGGAUUCUUCGAGCCUACUUGGUGAUUCGCGUCAAAUUGCCGAAAAGCGACUAAGUCACAUCGAGCGAAAGUUGCAACGGAACCCUCAUCUAAAGCUGGAAUACCAUGCCUUUCUCCGUGAGUAUCUUGAGUCUGGCCAUAUGACACUCAUCGAGAAUCCUCCGAACGAUGCUAUUUAUCUCCCGCAUCAUUGUGUAGUAAAGGAAUCGAGCUCCACCACAAAAUAUCGAGUUGUCUAUGAUGCUGCAGCGAAGACAACCAGCGGCUUGUCCCUUAACGAUAUUCUCAUGGCUGGCGCGGUACUGCAAGAUUCGCUAGUGGACAUUCUUCUUCGAUUUCGUUUUCCGCUGAUUGUUUUUACUGGUGAUAUCAAGCAAAUGUACCGUAUGAUUAAACUGGCCGAUUGCUAUUAUUUGUGCAUUGUUUGGCGGUGGGGCAAUAAUGAACCUGUGCAGGCCUACCGAUUAAACACAGUCACUUAUGGGACGAAGAGCGCAUCGUACUUGGCGACAAAGUGCCUGCAACAAUUAUUGGAAUCGUACAGACAGCAGUAUCCGACAGCGGUUGAGAAGGCAGAAAGGGGCACCUACGUCGACGACGUGUUGUUGGGAGCUGACUCCGAAGAAGAAGCAGUCUUACUACGGCAGCAAGUAACGAAGAUAUUCGCCUCAGGUGGUUUCCACCUGCGGAAGUGGGCAUCAAACAGUGCAGCAGUACUCCAGGACAUCCCGGCUGAGGAUAUAGAAAUGCAGCUACCCAUCGAACUCAACGACACUCGCACCAUCAAGGCUCUUGGCAUACACUGGCAGCCGUGCAGCGACGUAUUCCUGUUCUCCAGCUCAACGCACAAGAUCUUUCAGCCCACAAAGCGGACCAUGCUUUCGCAAAUUGCCAGCAUUUUCGACCCCCUAGGCUUACUAGCCCCGAUAGUCAUCAAAGCGAAAAUGGUCAUGCAGCAACUGUAG